CUGGACCUUGGAGUGGGCAGACAGAGCCACCUCACCCCACCCCACCACUUCGCCCUCCUCCACUCCCGCUCCCGACACCCAAGGCCCGCCAGGAAAGCGCCUGCGCGCGGUGAUGGCGGACGCGUCGCCGCUGCUGCGGCCCCAUCCGCCGCCGGGCGGGAAGCCGCCCCCCGCGGCGUCGCGGUUCGCGCGGUGCUCCUCGCACGCGCACGACGAGCUCCGCAGCUUCCGCGCCUGCCUCGCCUGGCUCUUCGUCGACCACUCCCCCUCCCGGGGCCUCGCGGCCGCGGGCUCCUGGGCGGUCUUCCUCCUCCUCGCCGUCGCCGCGCCCGCCGCCGCCCGCCUCCUCCACGCGCCCCCGCGGCCCUACGACGGGCAGGUCCAGGUCUCCCUCACCCUCGCCGCGUCGCUCGCCUACGUCUCCCUCCGCGCGGUCCUCCGCCGCUCGGGGGGCCUGCGCCGCCUGCUCUACCUCGACAGCCUCCGCCGCGACUCCGAGGACGUGCAGGCGGGCUACGCCGCGCAGCUCGCGCGGUCCUUCCGCGUCCUCGCCUGCUUCGUGCUCCCCUGCGCGCUCGCCGAGGCCGCGUACAAGGCCUGCUGGUACUGGUACUACGCCGCCGCGGGGCUGCCCGCGCUCGGCUCCCCGUGGUGGGCCGCCGCCGCCUGCGCGCUCGAGGUCGCCUCCUGGGUCUACCGCGUCGCGCUCUUCUUCAUGGUCUGCGUCCUCUUCCGGGUCAUCUGCUACCUGCAGAUCCUGCGGAUGGUCGGCUUCGCGCGCGAGUUCGGGAGGUUCGCCGACGUCGCCACCGUGCUGCAGCACCACCGCCGGAUCAGGGAGCAGCUCAGGAAGAUCAGCCACCGGUACCGCAAGUUCAUAGUCUUCAGCCUCAUCCUCGUCUCCGCCAGCCAGUUCGCCGCGCUGCUCUCCACCACCAGGCCGCACGCCGUCGUCAAUCUCGCCACCGCCGGCGAUCUCGCGCUGUGCUCGCUGAGCCUGGUGGCGGGCCUGCUGGUGUGCCUGCACAGCGCGGCGAAGAUCACGCACAAGACGCAGGCGAUGACGAGCGUGGCGGCGGCGUGGCACGCGGACGCCACGGUGCACGCCUUCGACAACGACCAGGAGGACCCGGACCCGGACCUGCCCCCCACCGCGGGCUACCUGGCGCCCGCCAACGCCUACCGCGUGGCCGCCGGCGACGAGUCCGGCAGCGACGACGACGACAGCCACAGCGAGACCUCCUCCCUCGACGACCCCAAGUACGUCCCGUUCCAGGCCAACAUCUGCUUCCAGAAGCGGCAGGCGCUCGUGACGUACCUGGAGAACAACCGGGCUGGGAUCACGGUGUACGGGUUCGUGGUGGACCGGGCGUGGCUGCACGCGCUCUUCAUGAUCGAGUUCUCGCUCGUCAUGUGGCUGCUCGGCAAGACCGUGGGAAUAUCAUGAAGCGUUUCCAGCUCCCCUUUCGCUGCCGUGCCGAUCUCUGAUGCAGGGCUUCACUACGCUUACCUCGGACCGGCGUGUACAAAUUGAGUGCAGAUAGUGCAGUGCUUUGAGCAUAGCCGUUUUGAUCGAUGAGUGUAUUUACCUUUCUUUCGAUUUCUGAUGGUUGUGUAGAUUCAUAUGGUGACGACAAUAAUGAGAUGUUAGCUGUCCAGGUUGGGUGUUUUUCUUU